UAAAAGCAAGCAUAUUAAAUUAAAAAAUGAAAUCAGAAACAAACUAUUUCUACAAGCUGACCCCACGACACAUGGCCUUAAUCUCCCACUUUUUAGCUUCUCCUGUUCUUUUCCUGCAUAACGUUUCUUCUUAUUGUUGUGUUUUAUAUAUAAGAACCUCAUCUCCUCUAUUCUCUUCCCCCUCCAAUCUAUAAAUAAUAUUACUACUUAUUUCCUCAAAUUCACUUACCAAUCAAAACAAAAUAUUUCUAAAAUUAAAGACAAAGAUGGGAUUACAAAGCCAGCUAAACGACGUGUCGUCGGAUUCAAUCCCGCUUCUUCUUGUAGCAGUAAUCGCCAACUGCGUUGGCUGUGUCCGAAAUCUGCUCCUCGAUCUAAUCCAUUCGACCGGCCUCCUUCCUUGCCCAGACCAGACCACCACGACGGUCGAUGACGUCGGAGUCCUAGGUUCGGGCCUCGCUAGCCUCCUCGUACUCGCCGAGCAGCUCAACUUAAACAAGGUUUCCUCGUACAGAUAUUGUGGCGGGGGAGGAAGGAGCUCUGAUUGCAUGGUGUGCUUGUGCAGGCUAAGAGAUGGGGAGCAGGUGAGGAAACUCGAUUGUUGCCACGUAUUUCAUAAGGAUUGCUUUGAUGGUUGGCUUGAUCAUCUCAAUUUUAAUUGCCCGCUUUGUCGAUCCACUCUCAAAACCGAUCAGCGCGUCGGUUUCACGCGGAGGCGCAUCAGUGAGGAUUUGCUUGCCUGGUUUUCUUUGCGGUGAUUGGUUGGGUGACGAUGAUGAUGGUUCCGCGUAUGGUUUUGGUGAUUCAGAAUUUUACAGAUUUUAGCUUUUUUCCCCUUUCUUCGGGACUGGAUGGAUUGGUAAUUAUCUUCUUUUUAAGUUUUGUUUUGACAGGGUCGGUUGGCAGUUUUGACCAUGGACCUUCUAAAAACUAUUUUUUUUUUAACUUUUUUUUUUCUUCUGGUGUUUUUGAAGGAUUUUCUUUUUUCACUGCUGUAAUUUUUAUUCACUUGUAUUUUUUACCACAAUAAGAAAAUAGUUAUCUUUGUGUACAAA